AUGCAGUAUGGAGUGAGUGUAUCAGAUGUUUACGUGAAUACUCAACUAGGUCUAAUCUUCUUACCCGAUGGUGUGAUGGCCAAGAAAAAGCUCUGCAAGUGUCUGCAGCAAGAACAAUCCCAUGAUGUUAUGGACAUUGCUUUGCUCCUUGUGCUGGAUUCUCUGCUGUCCAGGAUUUCUCAUGAAUUAGAUUGUAGAAAAGAUGAAGAAAUCAACAUUAUUGCUGAGGAGAAAUAA